UCUCCUCAUCAAUGGCAAUAUAGACACACUACCCCCACCAAAACCCACCGCACAAAAUCUGAAAACCCCCAAAAUAGAUUCGGCCGAUAAAUCGGUGGCUGCGGCGAGAACAGAAUCAUGUCAAUGGAGGGCUUUUCAUCUUCUAUUGACCAGCAGAACAUGGUUUCUUCCUUCCUGGAAAUUGCCGUCGGCCAAACCGUCGACACCGCUCGUCAAUUCCUUCAGGCCACUGGAUGGAGGCUUGAGGAAGCUAUUCAACUUUUUUAUGUAGGACAUGAAGGUGGGUUAGCUACAGAAUCUGUAUAUUCUACACCAGCAGAAAACGAUCUGCCCCUCGAUGAAUCAAAUAAUGAGUUUUCAAAUUUGCUUAUCUUUGAAUGUAGUGAGCUGGGAAAGGAAUUGAUGGAUAGAGAUGUGAGAAUAAAUGAUGGAAGUGAUGUACGAGCACCUUUACCUGUGAGAAGGGAUGUUCUUUAUGAUAGCUCAAUGCUCUACGGUAGAGUUCAAAGAGUGGGAGAUUCACCACAUGCAACUCAUUCUGUUGUUCCUUUCCGUAAUUUUGAUGAGGAAAUGAAACAUCCCGGAGUCUGGGAAAUAGAAGCAGGUUCAUCUUCUUCCGUUGCCGAUAAAACUCAGGAUAAUCUUGCAUCUUUAUAUCGUCCUCCAUUUGCUCUGAUGUUCCAGGGGCCUUUUGAAAAGGCUAAAGAUAAUGCAAGGAUGCAGAACAAGUGGCUCCUUGUAAACAUGCAGUCCACCAAGGAAUUUAGCUCGCACAUGCUAAACCGUGACACCUGGGCAAAUGAAGCUGUUGCUCAAACCAUCAAAACCAACUUCAUCUUCUGGCAGGUAUACGAUGAUACAGAAGAGGGCAGCAAGGUUUGUACUUACUAUAAACUAGAUUCCAUCCCUGUCAUUCUCUUGAUUGAUCCUAUAACGGGCCAGAAGUUGCAUGCUUGGCGUGGAAUGGUUCAACCGGAAAAUUUGCUCGAGGAUCUGGUGCCAUUCAUGGAUGGCAGCCCCUCAGAUCAUCAUGUCAGUCUAUCUCAUAAACGUCCGAGAGUACAUACCGAAGCACCAGUUCAUCAUAUUCAAUCAGCUGCAGCUGAAAAUCACGAUGAAGAUGAAGAGGAAGAAUUGCAGCGAGCACUGGCAGCUUCUAUGGUGGACACUAAAGAAAUCGACGAGGGUGACUCGAAAGAAGUGACUGAAGCAAAUAAUGCUGAGGAGACAGAGAAGAAGCCUUCUUAUUUACCGUUGCCUGAAGAACCGAAAGGUGACAGAAGCCUACUUUGCAGAGUUGGAGUCCGUCUCCCUGAUGGCCGCAGAGUGCAGAGGAACUUUCUUCGCACUGAUCCAGUUCAGGUAAAAAUAUUUAUGAUCUUUUGUUUUUGUGUGAUAUCAAUUUUAUUCCGGAAAUUUCUUUGUAUGAUAGCAAUAUUAUCUAUUUCUUUUUUCAUGAAUGAUCUUUUCCUUUGGUGCAUCGUAUUUUUAUUACUCUCAUCGA